GACUGGAAACGGGGGUUUGGGUGUUUUUAGAAAGGGGGACAAGAGAGAAAAAGGAAGGAAGAGAGGGAGACAGGAACCGGGUGGUGACUGGAAGUGUCGAGCGAGGGGAGGGGACGCCGAACCCGGGGCAAGAGAGAGAAAACAGGAAUUAAAAAAGAAGAAGAAAGAAAGAAAAAGUGCAAAGGAGGAGAAGAUGCCUCUGGCUCAGCUGGCGGAUCCCUGGCAUAAGAUGCCUCUGGGGGGGCCGACUGGAGAGGAUGCACAUCACGAUCCGGAUGACUCGGUGGGCGACGACGAUUCCAUGCCUGACUGCACCGUGUUUCUGGUGAGGAAGGUCACGGGGCCGGACGCCGGUCAGCUGUACGCCAUGAAAGUCCUGAAGAAAGCAACACUGAAAGUGCGUGACCGGGUCCGGACAAAGAUGGAGAGAGACAUCCUGGUGGAGGUCAACCAUCCCUUCAUCGUCAAGCUGCACUACGCGUUUCAGACGGAGGGGAAGCUCUACCUGAUCCUGGACUUCCUCAGAGGAGGAGACCUCUUCACCCGCCUCUCCAAGGAGGUGAUGUUCACGGAGGAGGACGUGAAGUUCUACCUGGCCGAGCUGGCUCUGGCCCUCGAUCACCUUCACGGCCUGGGCAUCAUCUACAGAGACCUGAAGCCAGAGAACAUCCUGCUGGACGAGGAGGGACACAUCAAGCUGACAGACUUCGGCCUCAGUAAGGAGUCCGUGGACCACGAGAACAAGGCCUACUCCUUCUGCGGCACGGUGGAGUACAUGGCGCCAGAGGUGGUGAACCGGAGGGGGCACACGCACAGCGCCGACUGGUGGUCGUACGGCGUGCUCAUGUUCGAGAUGCUGACGGGAACGCUGCCCUUCCAAGGAAAGGACCGGAAAGAGACCAUGACCAUGAUCCUCAAGGCCAAGCUGGGAAUGCCUCAGUUCUUGAGUUCGGAAGCUCAGAGUCUCCUGAGGAACCUCUUCAAGCGCAACCCGUCCAACCGGCUCGGAGCUGGCCCGGACAGCGUGGAGGAGAUCAAGAGGCACCGGUUCUUCAGCACCAUCGACUGGAACAAACUUUUCCGUAGAGAGAUUCCUCCUCCCUUCAAACCGGCUUCAGGACGACCUGACGACACUUUCUACUUUGACCCAGAGUUCACGGCGAAAACACCCAGAGACUCUCCGGGCGUUCCUCCCAGCGCUAACGCCCAUCAGCUGUUCCGAGGGUUCAGCUUCGUGGCCAUAACUGAGGAGGACACGCAACCGAUACCCAGCACCAUCGUGCAGCAGCUCUACAGGAAUCACUUCUCGGAGGCCUACGAGAUCAAGGAGGACGUCGGCGUCGGCUCGUACUCCAUCUGCAAGCGCGCCGUGCACAAAGGGACCGGCAUGGAGUACGCGGUCAAGAUCAUCAGCAAGUCAAAGAAAGACCCGACGGAGGAGGUGAAGAUCCUGCUGAGAUACGGACAACACCCCAACAUCAUCACCCUGAAGGACGUGUACGACGACGGCCGCUCGGUGUUCGUGGUGACGGAGCUGAUGAAAGGUGGAGAACUGCUCGACAAGAUCCUGAGGCAGAAGUUCUUCUCCGAGCGAGAAGCGAGCGCCGUCCUGUACACCAUCACCAAGACGGUGGAGUACCUGCACGUCCAGGGGGUGGUGCACCGGGACCUGAAGCCCAGCAACAUCCUGUACGUGGACGAGAGCGGCAACGCCGAGUCGAUCCGGAUCUGUGACUUCGGCUUCGCCAAACAGCUGAGAGCCGACAACGGGCUCCUCAUGACGCCUUGCUACACCGCCAACUUCGUGGCCCCCGAGGUGUUGAAGAAGCAGGGCUACGAUGCCGCCUGUGACAUCUGGAGUCUGGGAGUCCUGCUGUACACCAUGCUGACGGGCUUCACUCCCUUCGCCAACGGGCCUGAGGACACGCCGGAGGAGAUCCUCGCUCGCAUCGGGAGCGGAAAGUUCUCCCUGAGUGGAGGAUACUGGACCUCAGUGUCUGUGGAGGCCAAGGACCUGGUGUCCAAGAUGCUCCACGUGGACCCCCACCGGCGGCUGACGGCGGGUCAGGUCCUCCGGCACCCUUGGGUGACGCACCGGGACCAGCUGCCCAAAUACACCCUGAACCGGCAGGACGCGCCACACCUGGUCAAGGGUGCGAUGGCCGCCACGUACUCGGCCCUCAACAGGAACGUCCCCCCGGUGCUGGAGCCGGUGGGCUGCUCCACGCUGGCCCAGCGGAGGGGCCUGAAGAAGAUCACCUCCACCGCCCUGUGACCUUUGACCUUUGACCUCUCAACCUCUCUCUGACCUCCCGCCGGACCCCUCCCCCUCCUCUUCCUCCUCCUCCGGUCCGGAGGGGACAGACUACUGAUGUAACCACUAACGCCAAAUAGGAACACAGAGAGCCCCGCCCCCCCUAUGCCCCGCCCCCCUCUGGCCCCGCCUCCCCGGACCUCAACGGACCCUUCUGAUUGGCCGGUCCCUCCUCUCAGCGUCAGACAAUCAGCGCUAGGCCCCGUCGCCCCCGGAGACGAGCGCCCGGUGUAUUUAUAAUCGGAGCAUAGGAAUAAUCUCACGUGAGCAUUUAAAGGGCCGGCGUCGCUAAAACGAAAAAGAACAAACAAACAGAUUCUGACGUCUGUUUUGUUUUUAUUAUUUUUUUAAAGCUGCGUUUUUUAUUUUUCGCUUGUUUCACUUCCUUAUCUGGCACUUAUACACAAUAUACCACUGAGUACUAAGUAGCAGUAAAACAUGUGUACUUCCAUAACUUCAUGUAUACGUAGUAUUUAAGUAUUUACUAAACAUCUCAUACAGGAGAGGAAGUACCUCCGGGUAUCGAGACACUUUGCACAACAAACACACACGAGGCACAUAUUGUUUUUUAG